ACCUAGAAGUCAAUUUAGCAAGAAAAUCCUUAGAUUCGAGAAGAGUCAAAUUAUUGUAAAUUUUGUAAAAUGAUAUGAGUCGACCCAUAUAUUAUAGCUUCUAACAUUCUAAAAUAAAAUGGGCCGAUUUUCAGCCUAAUGCGGACCCUCCUUUCUAAUGUCUGAGUAUUUAAUCAGGCUAGGUGAGGUAUAUUUCAAAGUAUCUAAAUAUCUGGAUUGGGCAUAUUUUGAGAUAUCUAAAAUUUAAAUAUCUAAAUGUAUUAUAGUUCGAAAUACCUAGAUGGGGAGAGUACUUUUUCCAGUGGAGAAAAAAAUGCAGUCUGCAAAAAUGAAAAGGCCUUAGAUGUUUUCUUGUCAAGAUCUCGUGUCUUCCUUCUCAGAAUAAGUACAAAACCUAAUGCAACUCGGGUGCCUCUGACUUUCUGUGUUGCGCGUAGUGUACACGUUUUGUUUUGUUCUUAUUUGCCGUGUAGAUGUCCAUAAUGCACUUGUGCUUAUGGCAUUACCUUUAUGUAGAAUUUAAGUGGUAGAUGUACUAUACUCUCUCCUCGCCAGUUUGGCAAAAAGAUAACGUUUCUUGCUGUAGAUUCAGUUUAGAAAUAUACAGGCCUCUUUUUGUAAUAAAAUGUCACUCGCAGAAGAAAAGAUGAAAGAAAAAAGGUGGAAGAUAACAUUUUCCAUUACACACCCUAAACGCAAGAUAAAAACAACGAAACAUAUUAUUUACCUCAUUCGUAACAAUGAGAAUCGUCAAGAACGUGUGGUUAUUUUUAUUCAGUCACUACAUCUUUAGCAGUGCUCACAUUCUUCUAAAGUCCGAGAAUGAGGAACAACAACAAAAGACCGCUGACCCGAUUGUAAUCGAAGUGAGCUGGUCGCAAAACGACUUUCUUUUACAUACAAUACCAAGUCUUCAGAUUGUCACCAAUCCGCUCGUAUGUGUACAGUCCUCGCCUGUUCGCAAACAAAUAUUUGACAGUUUAGCACAGCUCAACGCUGAAUACGUUAGAUAUGCUGCGUGGUUUCCUUAUCCCAAAUUAGCUGUCGCUGAACUUGAUCCUCCAUCCGCCUUAUUGCAAUGUGGCAAUGCUGGAGAAAGUUAUUCGGUUAAAUUAUCAUGUGAACAGGGAGGCGGUGUGAUAAGCAGUGUAGACUUUGCUUCAUAUGGGACAGCAACCGGUGCAUGUGGUCAAAUGAAACAGGGCGCAUGUCAUGCAGCCACCAGUUUAGACGUUGUUCAGAAAGCGUGUAUCGAUCAGAAAGAAUGUAGUGUAACAGCGUCGCCUGCUGCCUUUGGAGAUCCUUGCUUUGGAACACAUAAGAGAUUGCUCGUUCAAAUUCAAUGCAAUCCACCACAAAACAAUACCUACUGGGAUUUUACAUAUCUCGAUCCGAGCUUCGAAGAUUUUCUUGAUGCCACCAAUGGACAUUCACGUAUUAUCAUGUUUUCGACACAACCUGUGUGGUUAUUCAAACUCGACACGCCGCACAUCUAUCCGGAUAAUGCAUCAGAAGUUGAUUGGGGUUACCCACAAGGAACAGAAUUGGUGGAUGAUACGAUGGAAGCAUUAGGGGAUUAUUAUGGACGUCUCACUGCCUGGUACACUCGAGGUGGUUUCAUCGAUGAAUACGGUCGAAAACAUGUAUCGAACUAUGAAUACAAUUGGGAUUACACAGAAAUAUUCAAUGAAGUCGAAUCCGAACAUGGAAUGUCAGUUGAAUAUUACACUCGAGCUUAUGAUGCUGUUAUUCAAGGCAUUCGACGACAUACAAACAAUACCGAGAUGAAAUAUGUCGGAUUAGCACAUGGUGGUCACAAUGAGUUCGAUCGAUACCGCUAUUUUCUCAAUCAUUCAAAUCAUGCACCUGGAAUUCCACUCGAUAUGAUUUCGUAUCAUUUCUAUGCUUCGAGCAAUACAAGAACAGAGCCGGUCGAUUAUGAAGCCUUCUUUCCGCAACUUGACACUUUCACAUCUGAAGUCAAACAAAUCGAAGAAAUUCGAAAGGAACUCUCACCUGAAACAAGAACAACUAUCAAUGAAUUGGGAAUUAUUCUUCCUGAUGAUAACAACCCAGGUGCACCUCAGUUUCCACUUAUUUUUUGGAAUGCCGGCGGAGCUUACUUCGCUUAUGCAUGGGCAAAAUUAGCACGACAAGGUAUCGAUGUUGUAGGACACAGCUAUCCGGAUUUACCAAACCUCCAACUCUCACCCCAAUUUCCGAGUGUUGCCCUACUCAAUUGGACUACCGGCGAGGGAACAGCCAAAUAUUGGACUUCGAAGUUACUCAUUGAAACAGCUGAUAUCGAUAAUGAUCAAGCUGUAAUAACGCGUACCACCGACGUAGCUGAACAAAAUGUGUUUUGUCAAGCAUUUGUGAGCAAAAAUCGUCAACGAUGGGUGUUGAUUAUUAACAAACGAUUUGCCAAUGUUGAUGUGAUCUUGCCUGGCUGUACUGGUGGCACAAUGCAGAUCGUGAACGAAGCAUCUGGCUUCGGUCCUCCAAUAGAGACAAAACUGAUGGUAGACCGAAUUACAUUGAGUGCAUUCGCUGUAGCUGUUGUUCACAUGCCAAACGGAAGCCUUGCGAUUUAA